AUGCGCGCUCUCACGCGCACACUUACGCACUCUCACGUGCGCACUCUCACGCGCUCCUUCACGCGCACUCUCACACGCUCCCUCACGUGCACUCUCACGCGCUCCUUCACGCGCGCUCUCACACGCGCUCUCACGCACUCUCACGCGCUCUCUCACGCGCGCACUCUCAUGCGAACUCACAUGCGCACUCUCACACUCUCCCUCGCGCGCUCUCUCACGUGCGCACUCUCACGCUCACUAACACGCGCACUUUCACGCGCUCCCUCACCUGCCCUCUCACCUCUCACGCGCACUCUUACGCGCACACACACUGUCACGCGCUUUCUCACGCGCACUCUCACGCGCACUCUCACGCGCGCACUCUUUCUUACACGCUCUCUCACACACACUCUCACGCGCACUCUCACGCGCUUCCUCACGCGCUCGCUCAUGCGCACUCUCACGCGCUCCUUCACGCGCGCUCUCACACGCGCUCUCACGCACUCUCACGCGCUCUCUCACGCGCGCACUCUCAUGCGAACUCACAUGCGCACUCUCACACUCUCCCUCGCGCGCUCUCUCACGUGCGCACUCUCACGCUCACUAACACGCGCACUUUCACGCGCUCUCUCACAUGGCCUCUCGCGCGGCGCCCUGGUGCCAGAGCGCUAA